AUGAUCCUGGAAGGGGCCCUACUAGUGAUCCUGUGUGUAGCACAAACAGCAAGUCUCUCUCCCACCCUCCCUCCCACCAUCACCACCCCAACCACUCCUACUCCUAACGUUACUACACCUAACCAACCUACUGCUGCUCCAGCAGAUAACUACGUCAAGAUUGGAGCCUUCAAUAUCCAGUCUUUUGGAAAAACUAAGUACAGCAGGAAAGACGUCAGAGACUACCUGAUCCAGAUAGUUACCAAGUACGACGCUGUCAUGAUCCAGGAGAUAAAGGAUAAAUCCCAGGUCAUGAUACAUGACUUCUUGGCAGACUGUCAACUUCACAGGAACUACAGCAUGGCGCUGAGCAAGAGGUUGGGGAGGUCUCGGUACAGGGAACAAUAUGCUCUGUUCUACGAUCAGGACAAACUUGCAGUCAAGAAGCAGGCUGAGUACCCGGACCCUCAGGACAUAUUCCACAGGGAACCACUGGUAGUGCACCUCAGUGACAAAUCCAGUGGGCAGGAGUUGACAUUGAUGGGUGUCCAUACUGACCCGGACGAUGUUCCUGAGGAAUUAGGGGAGAUGGAAAACGCUUACAACUGGGCUACUUCACAAGGUUACCCAACUGACGCCCUCAUAAUGGGGGACUUCAACGCUGACUGCAGCUACUUGAAGGCUUCAGAGUACGCUUCUAUCUCACUGGCGACUAGCACCAGCUUCACUUGGUUGAUUGAUAGCUCUGCUGACACCACCGUGUCGGACAACACGGACUGUGCGUAUGAUAGGUUUGUGGCAGCUGGGGCAGCUCGGUUUACUAACACCACUGUGGAUAGGUUUGAUACGACCUUUAACUUUACAGCGGCUGAAGCUAGGAGGGUAUCCGACCAUUAUCCAAUUCAAACUCUUUGGAUUGUAUAGAAUUGAAUUUGUCAUUAUUAUCUGU